AUGGAUUCCUCCCACAAAAGCCGUUUCUGGGAGCUGGCUAUCUCCAAGCUGCGAUUCAGACGUCAGCCUCGACAGCCCAAGACCUCAGACGAGGUUCAUUCCUUGGAUCCUGAUGUAGGCCUUGACAACACCGAAACCCAGAAGGAUGGCUUUUACAGGUAUUCCGAAUCUCUUCUUGAGGAGGCCAACUCAUUGCUUUUACAACAGACCGAGUCUCUGGAGGAUGGCUCCGAAUGCUUCGUGAUGGCACCGAGUCGGCGUCACUCUCGUCCUUACACCGUCAGCAGUGAGGAAUGGGUGCUUCUAUCGUCACCCUCAUCGCCAUCACAGGUCCUGUCUCUGGAUGACUUGAGUGGCGUACAACUGUCGAUUCAUUUCGGGGGCGUGCUCAACAUUUUCACGAAGUUGUAUGCCAUGGGUAAAAUGAUGCACGUGGUGUUCCUCAGUUAUGGGGUGGAGCUUGACACCUCGGAGACCGGCCUAAUGUACUGGGUUCAGCGCGCGGAGGAGGAAGUGAGAACUAACUCACUGGCCACACUUAUCGAAAUCGUGGAGAAUCUGUUCUAUGCCCUGUACGCGCGAGUCGUCCUGGAGAUGGCGAGCAUCGAACUCUGCUCUUGCUUCAACGUGGACGUGCCAUCGUUGACUACCCACCGCCAAUUCAUCUUGCCACACGCUGAUCACCUCUACCGGAUUUUUCUAGCGUGCAAGGACGUGCUCGACUCCCCGGUCAUCUGUGAAAUGCUGCAGCAGGAGCUGGUGGCGCGAUACCAGGAAGGCUACACUCGCCGCGUCAUACACAAAGAAAACGAGAAAGGGCUUAGCUCUGAUGACAUCCUGGGCUACCGCCGUUAUGCUUUGAGCAUUGUGUCCGAACGGUCGUCGGCGUUCUGUAAGAAAUGGGAAACCCUCAUCCCUCUCCUUCGUGAUACACCCGCAGAGGUGAUGGCUGUCCUGUCUGAGAAAUACCUCGCCGUAGUCCCAAAGUCCGUGCUCUCGGAUGAUAUUUCCUAUGAUGAGCUUCCAUUCACCGACCUCAUCACCAUCGACCCGGCCACAUGGGAGAAGGACACCAUCCAGGACCAUCGUCUGGCGACCCUGGCCAAGCUUGAAGGCAACAGCGUCGGGCAGGAGCGCCGGGAUGACGCGAAUAUCCGGCUCUUUUCCUUGGCGAAACGGCACAAGUGUGUAUGCGCAUCAGUCUGUCGGUGCUCUUAUGAAUGUACGAACAACGUCGAGCGUCGGUGCCCUUGCGCUGAACGACAACUGCGUAUCAUGCUGGCAAAACGCCGAAAGGGGACCGGUCGGUAUAGUUUUGCAACUCGCGCGUAUACCCUGGCGCGAGUUGGGUUUGAAAGCUUAGCCACUCUCAAGCGGCACGUUGAUGACGAUGACAUCCUCAUCGAGCUGGGGCAUGUAUUUGAGGUUUUUGACCUUGAGAUCCAGAAAGAACGUUCUGCUGCGGCUUUGUCCACAUGGACCUAA